ACUGGCUCGUAUCACUGAAAGACCGUCCUUACCGAUAGCCAGUCUCGUUCCACCCCAGGUUUCCAUGGAGCUUACUCGGGUCCGAUCAAUACUCCUGCUCGCGUCUCGUCGCGGACAGAGCGUAGUCGGGUGUCGUGGGUGCCGUCGUUUGGUGGACCGUGCAUGUUUCAACGUAGAAAUUUACCUGUGUCAUGUCGCUGAGCAUCCGACUGUCUCGCGCGAAUGGAAAAAUGUUGCCGGUCGUUCGUCUUAGGGGAGUAUGAGCGACGGGCAGCGCGAGUUCGUACGAUUUAGCGCGUAGAGACGAACGGGGAAAACGUGAGGACGCGGCGUGAUCGUUGCGAGGGUAACACGCGUCUCCUCGGACCGAUCCAGUGGCUACGGAUUCAGCGGAGAUGAAGAAACAGAACGUGAGGACCCUGGCCCUGGUCGUGUGCACGCUUACGUAUCUCCUGAUAGGCGCGGCCGUCUUCGACGCUUUAGAGUCCAAUACCGAGAUGAAACGCUUGGAAUUCCUUUCCGAGGUUCUUAGGAACAUGAUGAAGAAGUACAACAUCACGCAGGAGGAUUACAAAAUGCUGGAGAUAGUCAUUACAGAGAACAAACCUCACAAGGCCGGUCCUCAGUGGAAAUUCACUGGUGCCAUUUACUUCGCGACUCUCGUCCUCGCUAUGAUAGGAUACGGACACUCGACGCCGGUGACCACAGGAGGCAAGGUGUUCUGCAUGGCAUACGCCAUGGUAGGCAUCCCUCUGGGCCUUGUGAUGUUUCAAAGCAUCGGCGAACGUCUGAACAAGUUCGCCUCCGUGGUGAUCAAACACGCGAAAACGUAUUUGAGAUGUAAGAAGACAGAGGCGACCGAGAUGAACCUGAUGCUCGCCACUGGUUUGCUCUCCAGUAUAAUUAUCACGACGGGGGCGGCUAUGUUCUCUCGAUACGAGGGCUGGAGCUACUUCGACAGCUUCUAUUACUGCUUCGUCACGCUGACCACCAUCGGUUUCGGUGACUACGUCGCUCUUCAGAACGACCACGCGCUCUCGAACAAUCUUCCAUACGUGGCCUUAAGCUUAGUGUUCAUCCUGUUUGGACUGGCCGUCGUGGCUGCCAGCAUAAAUUUACUGGUGCUCCGCUUCAUGACGAUAGAUACCGGCGAUGCUCGUUGCGAUGACAACGAGAUGCUGCCGGCCACGGACCACGUUCUCACCCUGGAGGGCGAGGUGGUGGCCGUGAACGGUAAACUGCUGGCGGGUCACGUGCCGAUACUACACGACGCGGACGACUGCGUGAGCGUGUGCUCAUGCACGUGCCUGGGACCGGCCAAUUCCGAACUACUGGACCAGGGUUACCAAGGUUACAGGCCGCCAUCCACUUCUGCCAGCCUUCGAGUGAAGCGAGCGUCCGUCUGAUGGAGGGAGUUCCGUCGUCUCAGUUUACGUCGUCGAUUCUCCAGGGCGGACAGCAGGGAGCUGCUCGGUAUCGACGUGUAAGACGAAUCGACUCGAUGAGACCCGGAUCGAGCGCACUGCCCCCGCCCCCCCACGGCCCCCCGAAGAUCGGCGAGUUUACGGCGAGGUCGCUCGGUACGAAAACGAUCCAAAGGGAACCUAUCGUCGAACCGUUUUGGUAAAUUGAACGAGCGAUCGUCGAGCAUGCCUCGAGAAGUAAACGCCGAGCACGAAGACUCCGACAGGAUUUCUGGACGAACGAUCGGGACCGAUGGCUGAACAUUCGCGUGCACGAUUUUUGACUAAACGUAUUUUAAACCGAGGGACACGAGAGACAUUGGUGAUUGUAGAAGUCAGACACGAAUCACUCAGCUGAUAUACCGUAACAGUACAUAAGAACGUUUCAUCGUUCGUAGACGAUUUUCUAACGAUUUCGGACGUUUCAUAUCGAAUUAAUGCUCGUUGGAGGAAUCUAGGAGUCGAGAAACGUAGAGCACGUAGUUCACUCGUAAUGGUAAAUUAGAAAUUAAAAUCGCUGCUCAGAGGAUCACCUUGUCCCACGAAAUUUGGUUCUAUCGAACUGAUUGUUCCAUCGAAGUUGCACGGAGAGCUUCUGGUCAGCGACGGUAGCCAGAGAAUUCGUCUUCGAGACUUCGGAAUAAACGUUGCAACUUUUUUUAAACGAAUCGUCGAGCGUACAAAGUGAUCCUCGCAAAUACUUCUGAGAGUCGAAGGAGCCGAGAGAUCCGAUCGAUCUCGACUGUUUAUACAUACACGGAUGCGUCGUAUCGAACGAAACGAUACACUGACCUCGAUAGCGUGAUUGUUAAUUAUAUACGACUCAAUGUUUGUACCAAUAGAUGUUAAAAAGUGAAACGGAAAACGUGAAAGUCACCGGUAUUAUAAAUUUAAGUCGUCGAACGACGAGAUUUAAAAGAAGAGAAAUAGGAAACCAGCACAAAUUCGCAGUGACGUAGUCGUAGAUCGUCGUUACUCCGUGAUCGCAACUCGCACAAUUACUCAUUAAAUGCGGCGAUCGGUGACGACGCGAAACGCGAGAAGAACGCAGCCGAGCAUCGCAUUUGUUUAAGGAUGUAUUGGCUAUAUAGUCAAUCCCAAAAGUUUAUGUAUCUUAGAAAAACACAUUUCCUAUAAU